CACGACGCUUGCAAGUCGGCAAGCUACUGCCAGGGCUCCCGUGACCAGACAACGAUCUUGCAAAUAGUUUAUCAACAUGUCUUCUCCAACCUCUGAGACUCAUCCUUACAGCUACCAAAAGCCAAGCACAAUGGCAACCCGCUCCCUCGUCACCGAUCAAAAACCCACCGAAACUCCCUCCGCCUCAAGCUACGAUCACGAAGACGCCGCAAAGCAACCCGGCGUCCUGAAACGUCGCGUGACAAAUAAUUAUGAAAAAGCCCUCGCCUCAACCCAAACCUCAGACGACCACGAACAUCAACAAGGAUCCAACAGCCCACGUCCCAAUCUCGACCGAGUCCAGAGCUUCAACAAGAACGAUUACAAGCGAGAGAUGAUGCAACAGACGCUCGCGAAUGCCGGAUCGGUCGAGGGACAUGGUUAUCAUUCUACUGCUGCGGCGCAGUAGACAACAAUAAUGCAGGAAUUGGUGAGCUUGGAUGAAAGGAGGUGCACAUGACGAGAAGCGACCUGGGGAGACUGUGACCUGGUAGAAUAUUGUGACGCUUAACGAAGUAUCGAUGCGACGAACGGAAAGCAAGGUGUUAUGGUGUUCAUCGGUUUCCGGGGAGCAAUGUCGUGGAGCAGAGAGCCUAUGUCCAAGGAUGGGCUGUGCCUAUUCGAGUUCAGUCAGUUACCUGUACGAACAUACCUUGUUUCUCAGAAGUGUCAGUGAAAGUCAUUCAUGGAUCGACCCAAG